CACCUACUCGAGCGGUCGUGGUACGCCGUGACGGAGACCUGCCUGGCCUUCACCGUCUUCAGGGACGACUUCAGCCCUCGCUUCGUCGCCCUCUUCACCCUCCUCCUCUUCCUCAAGUGCUUCCACUGGUUGGCCGAAGACCGGGUGGACUUCAUGGAAAGGAGCCCCAACAUCUCCUGGCUCUUCCACUUCCGUAUCGUCUCCCUGAUGUUCCUCCUGGGAAUCCUGGAUUUCCUCUUCGUUAACCACGCGUACCACAGCAUUCUCACGCGAGGAGCCUCCGUCCAGCUCGUCUUCGGCUUCGAGUACGCCAUCCUCAUGACCAUGGUGCUCACCAUCUUCAUCAAGUACGUCCUGCACUCCAUCGACCUGCAGAACGAGAACCCUUGGGACAGCAAAGCCGUCUACAUGCUGUACACGGAGCUCUUCACGGGUUUCAUCAAAGUCCUCCUCUACAUGGCCUUCAUGACCAUCAUGAUCAAAGUCCACACCUUCCCUCUCUUCGCCAUCCGCCCCAUGUACCUGGCGAUGAGGCAGUUUAAGAAAGCGGUGACGGACGCCAUCAUGUCCCGCCGGGCCAUCCGCAACAUGAACACGCUCUACCCCGACGCCACGCCGGAAGAGCUGCAGGCCAUGGACAACGUCUGCAUCAUUUGCCGCGAGGAGAUGGUGACGGGCGCCAAGCGCUUGCCUUGUAACCACAUCUUCCACACCAG